AGUUCAAAUGCCUUACGGUUGCUGUGGACGAGCUUUCGGAUCAAAAGGAUGUCAGGCGGUUUCUACUCAUGUGCAUAAAGGAAAUUUGUAUUUGGACACAGACGCGUUUAAAGUCACACCGCAACCAACGACACAACAUAACGGGAAUUAUGGUGUAUAUGCUCUUGACACAGAGUCGAUCCACACGACGAAGGGAAUCGAGGUGUGCAAAGUGACAGUUCUUGACACCAACUGUCGAGUGGUGUACGAUCAAUUUUGUUUGCCAACAAAUGAAAUUGUUGACUACAACACCAUAUUUAGUGGUAUCAGAAAAGAGGAUUUAAAUGGUGUUACCAAAACAUUUGAAGACGUCCGUAAUGAUCUUCUAGAAUUGUUCAACAGUGAUACAAUUUUAGUUGGACACAGUCUUUUUAACGACCUUAAUUUGCUUAAGAUUGUACACAGCAACGUGAUCGACACCGCAGUGUUAUACCCCCACCCUGGAGGUCUAUCUCUUAAACGGUCUCUCAAAGACAUUGCCUUGACCGAACUAAACAGAAGCAUUCAGAGCGAAGGAGGCCAUGACAGCAAGGAGGAUGCCGAGGUUACGAUGAAGUUGUUGCUAAGGAAACUGUAAUCGACGAUUUUUAUUUUUGCCUUUUUUUAUGGUACAAGAAGACCACAUUUUGCUGUUUUAUGUUUACUUUGUCGCAUUUGUUCUUCAAUUUAUCCGCAUGACUACUGAUCUCUAAUCAAUAAUUGACGUUUCAGGUCUUUUUUCGCUUGUGAUGAGGAAGAUUGUGUUGGCAUCUCUUUGGUUGCAAAAGUUGUUAUGUUUGGUCACAAAUGAAUGUGUCUUUAUAUGAACUGGCCAUUGUUAUUUGUUUGCAUCAUAACAAAUAUGUAUUGACACACAUUGUUUAUGACACAUGUGCGACGUAGUUAUAGUGAUGUUUAAAUUUAUUAACGGUGGUUUUUGAUUCCGGUAUAUAAUCAAUUUAAAUUCAUAAUGAUUCAAUACCUACUAUAGUCAAUCGGUCAUUUGUUUAAAAGAGGCUUUCUUUUUAUCGUAUGAACACUCAAAAGUCUGUUAUCCCUUGAUAACAAGUAUUAUUAAUGCUGUCGAACGAUUUCAAAAUUUAAAGCGCAUUUGUGGUGAAAACAAGGUUUAAAUUUAUCGC